GCGGCGAGGAGGCUCCUUAGGCGAGUUGUUGGCAGUCUCUGGCUGUUGUUGCCUGUCUGAUGGGGCCGGCGGAGGGUCAUGCCUGGUGUGCGCCCGGAGUCAACUGAGCACCCUUGUUUCUUCCUCUCAUUCCCGUCAUGAGGCGCAGUGAGCGUAGGAGUCACGGAGCGGGGCCCGGCAAGGCAGCAUUAGAGGAGCAGCUCAACGGCGGCGCAGUCCCCGUUAUUGCGGGGGCUUCUGGGCUUCGUGGAGACUCGCUGGCAACCAGUCCCCCGGCUGUUACUCAUGGGGCCCGGCGCAGCACGGAGUCUGAGGUGUACGACGACGGGACCAACACUUUCUUCUGGCAAGCACACACGUUAACAGUCCUGUUUAUCCUUACUUGUACCCUGGGAUAUGUGACCUUGCUUGAAGAAACUCCUCAGGAUACAGCCUACAACACAAAAAGAGGUAUUGUUGCCAGCAUUUUAGUCUUCUUGUGUUUUGGAGUCACUCAGGCUAAAGAUGGGCCAUUUUCAAGACCUCAUCCAGCCUACUGGAGGUUCUGGCUAUGUGUCAGUGUUGUGUAUGAGCUUUUCCUCAUCUUCAUACUCUUUCAGACUGUACAUGAUGGAAGACAGUUCAUGAAAUUCAUCGACACAAAUUUAGGAGUCCCCUUGCCAGAAAGAGACUAUGGUGGAAAUUGCCUCAUAUAUGAUCCAGGCAAUGAGACUGAUCCAUUUCAUAAUGUCUGGGACAAACUGGAUGGCUUUGUUCCUGCUCAUUUUCUUGGCUGGUAUAUAAAGACACUUAUGAUUCGCGAUUGGUGGAUGUGCAUGAUCAUCAGCGUAAUGUUUGAAUUUCUGGAGUACAGUCUAGAGCAUCAGCUUCCAAACUUCAGUGAAUGUUGGUGGGACCAUUGGAUUAUGGAUGUACUCUUAUGCAAUGGACUUGGCAUUUACUGUGGAAUGAAGACUUUAGGAUGGCUUUCCUUGAAAACAUAUAAAUGGCAAGGGCUUUGGAACAUACCCACUUAUAAAGGUAAAAUGAAGAGAAUUGCCUUCCAGUUCACACCAUAUAGUUGGGUUAAAUUUGAAUGGAAGCCAGCAUCCAGCCUUCGCAGAUGGCUAGCAGUCUGUGGUAUUAUGUUUAUAUUUUUAUUAGCAGAGUUGAAUACUUUUUACUUGAAGUUUGUCCUCUGGAUGCCUCCAGAACACUACUUGGUCCUGCUGCGACUUGUCUUUUUUGUAAAUGUGGGUGGUGUAGCCAUGAGAGAAAUCUAUGAUUUCAUGGAUGACCCGAAAUUCCAUAAGAAGUUGGGUCAGCAAGCUUGGCUGGUUGCUGCUAUCACAGCCACAGAAUUCCUUAUAGUGGUAAAAUAUGAUCCAUACACCUUAACACUGUCGCUUCCUUUCUACAUUACUCAGUGCUGGAUCCUUGGAAUCAUGCUUGUGCUUGUAUGGACAGUAUGGCGCUUCUUCAUUCGCGACAUCACCUUGCGGUACAAAGAGAUAAGAAGGCAAAAGCAAGAACACAGAUACGGGAAGGACAAGGGUCUGAGCAAUGGUGAUGGACAUGCAGCUUUGGCAGAUGAGCACAGUGGGAAUAAACUGAGAGAGAAAAAACUUUGAACUAGAGUAACAAAUUAAGGGCUAAGAGGAGUCCAUCUAACUUGACUUGCAAGUUUAACCCUACCUAAUUUUCUAAGUUUCAAUGUUUUCUCAUGUGUGAGAAGCCAGUUGGGAAAGAUGCCAUCUAAUCUUGUUUGCGGAAGACGUUUACAGCUGACAUUAUAAGCAAUUUCCCCCCCAACAAGGGGGCCUCCAUCUGAGUGUGUGUUUAAAUGUGUGUGUCACCUUACAAAAAGAAAGAUUAGGAAGGCUUGAACAGGUGCAAAGGAAUUCAGUGGCCCCAAUUCUGGAACACUGUUACUGCUUGGGGCGUCAAGAACACAUAUUAUGGAAUUAUGUGCACUGUGAAGAACAGUUGGACAUUUUCUGCUGAAACAACUACCAUGAACUGUAGUGUAAUACUCAUGUCCUUUUGAUUCUUAUUCGCCUAUUUAGGGGAAUUAUCAGCAAGAUAAAUGAAGGGUCAUGAUUGAAGCAUGAGAACAAACUGCAUAACUUGCACAACCUACUAUUAUGAUCACCCCAGAAGUCCUGUUUCUUGAUGCUUGUUCCUCAAAGCAAAGGUGCAUUACCUUGAAGCAGCCUGCUACUUUUAUAUGGCAUAAUAUUGAUAACAAAUACCUCUUAGUCCGUCUUUAUCUUGGUCAUCUCUUUAGGUCAACAAGGUCCAUUAGCUAAACAGAGCAAGUGAAAGCUAAAACAAGCAGAAAAGAGCUAAUCCACCAAAGGUGUGUGUUCUUUGCCUUAUUCCUCCAGCACUGCUUUCUGCUCUCCUAGGCUGUGCUUGCUUCAGUCAUGGAUCCCCAUUAUGCAAGGCAGAGAGUGUUGUACGGUUCUCCUGAGUAGAUUUAAGUGCAUUAAAUACUGUAGGGAUGGGAAUAAGCAACUGCAGCGUACACAAUCAUCCCUUGAAUGAUUGGCAGCUACAGCUGACAACAUCACCUGAGAGCCUCUAGUUCAAGGAUGCUGGCUGUCUUGUGUUUAUCUCGCCUCCCAGAACAAAGCUUGGGCGAAACAGUGUCCAUGUUUAUAAACACCUUUUCUAUGAUGAUAGUUGUUGUCAUCAUAGGUACUUGUUGCACAUUCCUAAAACAGCUAUGCGGGUUUUCCUUUAUGUGGAACACUGAAUUAAAUUUUAACUCAUCAGUCUUAAGUUUGUUGGAACUUCUAGAAUUUAUUUUGAAAUAAGUAUAAGCUAAACAUUCUAAGCCUUGUCUUGCCACCCCCCUGCCCCAAAAAAUCUCUAAAAAUGCUGCUGGUUAAAGCACAAUGCACAGACCUUGACUUCCUUUCAGUUGAUACUUGAAUGGUAAAAGUCUGCCUUUUCCUUGUUUCUACAAAGACACUAAUAUAUUUUUCUUUUAAACAAUGGACACUUUCAGCAGAGCAAAAUAAAAACAUUUCCAUUUAAAUGAAUUUUUCAAAGUUCAGCAAAUGAAGCAAUCUUUAGCACAUAACAAGUGAAGGAACUCAUCUUCAUGAUCAGUAUAAGGAAGAUCACAUGAAGGUUAUUGAAUUAUGUAUAAGAUAAUGUUAAGACAUUGAAUGGCUGCUGUUUAAAAUUAAAAUUUAUCUGCUGUUCAGUAAUAUACUGUGGGCUGUAACUAGACAUUAACAGACUUCUCUUAAGGGCAUAUGCUGAGUUGAGCUGGUAUGCAUAAGAAGCCUUUCCUACAUAUGAAUGCAGUACAUUUUUGAAACUGUUCAGGUUCAUUUUGUACCUGUCUUGUGAACUAACUAGAGAUAGUACGUGUGCUGGUGUGACCCCAGUUUUACAAGGCUUGCAUAGGCAUGUAGUCUGUUCUUGUACUAGUGAAUUCUGCCCUUGUAAUUUUGUGUUGUAAUGUUCUCUGUGUAAUUCUGAUGGUAGCAAGUGCAAUGGAAAGAACUUGAUAAGAGUUUUUAAUUUUCUUUUGUUACAUAAAAUUUGAAGAAUAAGAGGCAGGGAAACUGUUUCCCAUGUUAAAGUUGACCUACACUCAAGCUUACUUUUAUACUGAUCUUUGUUCAUUGAAAUACUGAGUUUUGCAGUUAGUCUGUAUAACUGAACAGGUGUAAUAAAAAGAUGUUUGCUGAUGUAUCUUGGA